AUGUCCUUCUUCAGCACUAUCACAACGAAGUCUCCCAUGCAGAGCACGGGCAACAACCCUCAGGUUGAAUUCAUGUUCAAGCAGAUUUUGGACGCUGUGCAGAAAUCUAAUAUCGAGAUUGCAGAAAUUCGGUGCGAGUGUCAUGAGCUCAGGCAGGCGAACGCCAAUCUUGAACGUCUGGUGCGAGAGGGAAUGCAGCAUGUCCAAGCCGUUGUGGUGAACGCCUCCCAACGCAACGGCCACAUUGGUACCAAGGUUGGCUUCCAACCUUCUGCUCCUGCCAGCCCCCUGCUCCGCAGCUCGAGGUCACCGUUCCUCAGCCCACCCCUUCCUUCAUUGUCUUGCACAUCAAGCCUAUAUAUUUCGUCACCCCUGGGCGACAACGCUCUAACCGCGUUCCCUUUCGGCGUUCGCGAAAUUCCCGGGUUCUACGUCGUCAUCCCCGCUGGUGGCGCAGGGACUCGCCUUUGGCCGCUCUCUCGGGAAGAACACCCUAAAUUCCUGCUCGACCUUACUCUCAAGGGGCGUUCGCUCAUUCAAGCAACUUGGGAUCGUCUGCUACCCCUGUCUUCGGCAGCACGCACAACGAUUGUUGCAGGUCCUGCCCAUGUGAAGAGCAUCAUGGAACAGCUGCCGGACCUUCUUGCACAUAAUAUAUUGUGUGAGCCCAGCGCCAAGGACUCAAUGGCCGCCAUCGGGCUAGCCGCAGCAGUGCUUGCGCAGCGUGACCCGGAUGCCAUUAUUGGCUCCUUCGCUGCGGACCACAUGAUUUCUGGCGACGACGCGUUCUUGGCCGCGGUCGCGGAGGCAGUUGAGGUCGCAAAGAAAGACUACCUCGUCACAAUUGGCAUCGCGCCGUCCCACCCGUCGACUGGGUUCGGAUACAUCCGUCUGGGAGACAAGCUCGGCAUGGACGGCGCGCCCAACGCGCGUCUCGUAUCGAGUUUCAAGGAGAAACCCGACGCGCGCACCGCCGCGGCGUACAUCAAGACCGGUAUCUACCGCUGGAACGCAGGCAUGUUCGUCACGAAGGCGACGUUCCUCAUGCAGCUGCUCAAGGAGUACAAGCCAGAGCUGCACGAUGGGCUGGAAAAGAUCGCGGCCAGCUGGGACGACGAGAAGCUCAGGCAAGGAGUAUUGGAUGAAGUCUGGCCGGGGCUUGAGAAGAUUGCGAUUGACAACGCUGUUGCGGAGCCUGCGGCGAUGGACCGCAGGGUGGCGGUCGUUCCUGCAACAUUCGGUUGGGAUGAUGUCGGUGAUUUCUCGUCUCUUGCUGGUCUUAUCCCGGCGGAGGCAAAUCAGCCCCGUGUACUCGGGGAUAGCGGUCUCGUGCUCACCGAACAAGCUGCGGGUGGUAUCGUCGUACCCGGCUCAGGGAGGCUGGUCUCCCUUCUCGGAGUAGACGACCUCGUCAUUGUCGAUAUGCCCGAUACCCUCCUCGUCACUACUCGCGCCCGUUCACAAGAAGUGAAGCGCCUCGUAAAGAAGUGUCGCGAUGCUGGCUGGAAGCAGCUUCUCUAG